UCGGAAGUGAACUCCAUCGUUAUAGUCGUCCGGAAAGAAUAAUUUUCCUCGUUAUAUGGAAGCUUUUUGCCACUUUACGUUCUAAUCAUGGCAGAAGAAAAAAUAUUUCCCUCAAUUCUGAAUUUAAACGUUGGAGGUUAUGUUUAUACAACGACUUUGGACACUUUGACUCGCGAUCCAAACUCUAUGUUAGGCGCCAUGUUCAGCGGACGACAAUGUAUUGCUAAGGAUACUAGAGGGAACUAUUUUAUAGACAGAGAUGGAGCACUCUUUCGCCACAUUUUGAACUUUUUACGUACGUCAGAGCUGUGCCUUCCCCAGUCAUUCGACGAAUUUGAUCAACUGAGUGCCGAAGCUGACUUCUAUCAAGUCGGCGACUUGAUUGAAGCACUUCAAAUCUUCCGAGAAGAUCGCCGGAAAAAUAUGCAACUCAGUGAAGGCCAAGGAACUAUUAUCGUUUCAGUGGACAGAUAUCGAAAUCAGUUGAUGUUGAGCGGCCGGGAAGAUUUCGUCAAAGAGGUUUUUCAAGGAUAUAUCAAACCUUCUGAACUUGUCUUAACACUACUCCCCGCAAGGGGAUAUGUGAGGGAUUAUCGAGUUCCCUGGAGAGCCGGGGGUGCGGAGCUUACAAAAGCCGAUGCCUUUGACCUUCUUUAUGGUCAUGGGUUUGUCUUAGAGGGUUGCAACGGAGGUGGCAACGAUGGUGAAAUGGAAGGAACUCAAUUUCAGGAAUAUAUUUUUGUCAGAAAAAAUAAACUGUAACGCUUGCCUCCACAGUUAGUUAAUAUAAUGGAAACUGUAUAAUGAUCAAAGUUGUCAGGGAUAAGUUCUCAGUUAAGGUUGAGGGAGGGUAUGAAGGGAGGGAACUUUGGUCAUGCCCUCACUCCCCUCCCCCUCAGGGUACUCUUAACUUUCUACUUCCCUUCCCCUGUUUUUUCCUCCACCUAAUAUUUUAUUUACUUUUAUCUUCUAUCCAGGAGCCAUUUGUAAGUGGAGUCUGUGCAGAGUUUUACUUGAAAGGCUUCUGUAGAGUGCUAGAGUUUGCAGAGUGGAGAAAAUGUUCAUUUUCCAAAAAUCCCUUUGCUUUGCUGUUUCCUUAAUGACCUGCAACACUUUGAUAACAAAUUACAAGAGAGAAUCUUUCUUUUUAAACCCUUGUCACCUGACCUAUUUUUCCCACUUCAUAAAGUGGAGGCAAUUACCUAAAUACCAUUAAUUUUAUAAUAUGAAAAUGUUUUUAUGAAAAAGUGUUUACACAACUGAAAAUGCAAAUCAUAUAGCAAUAUUUUGUUUUAGAAGCAUUUAAAAAAGUGAUUUCAUUGGCAUUAUUGUGAUACUUAUUCAAACUUUUUACCCCCAUUCUUUCAGCUGUUUUUAUUAACUAGUAGCAACAUUUUCAUAAU